AUGGCAGACAUGCUAGUGGAUGGAGCCGCUCACAACCAGAUGCUAUCUUUCAUGGACGGCAAUGCAGUCUACUCGAUUCAUCUCAUACCGUGGAAAUUAUAUUUUGAUGGAACAAAGACAGACAAGGCUUCAGGAGCAGGGAUUGUGCUAGAAGAACCCUUAGGGGUCAGACAUUGCUAUUCCUUCCAGUUAGAUUUCCAAUGCACCAACAACAGGGCCGAGUAUGAAGCUUUGAUUAUAGGGCUCGAGAUGUUGGUAGAAUUGGGAAUUCAAUCCGUGGAAAUCUUGGGAGAUUCCAUGCUUGUCCUAAAACAGAUUGCUGGAGAAUACAAGUGUCUAAAUCCUUCUCUGGCUGUAUAUCUGGUAGCAGCUAGAAAUCUGCUAACAGAAUUUAGAGAAGCUACUUGGGAACACAUCCCAAGGGAAGAAAACUUCGCAGCCAAUGAACUGGCUCAGGUAGCAUCAGGCAUACAAAUGCUUGAAGACUGCGUCCAGAGGAUCAUCAAGAUAGGAAGGAAAAGUCUACCGUCAGUUCUGACUAGAGGAAUGGAGAUAGAAGUCAAUUCUGCCUUGAUCACUAAAGACGAUUGGAGGGAGCCGAUCAUGACUUACUUGCAGUAUCCCACUCUACCCUCUGAGAAAAGAGUCAGAAUCAUGGCUACAAACUAUCUCAUGUGGAAUGAAGAUUUGGUCCGAAAAAGUGAGGAUGAGGUGCUAUUAAGGAUUGCAUCAACUAUUCCAAGGGAUGUGAAGCUUGUCAAAGACACGGCCCAAUCCAGCGGGCUCCUUCAGUUCCCAUGA